AUGGCUUCCUAUGAAACCGAAGAAAUCGACGUUGCUAAAGAAUUUAACCUUCUUCCUGUAAUAUUUGAAACGAUUCAAGCGUUACAGAGGACUAGUGAUCCCCAAGAGUUAACUAAGAAGGUAGCUAGUUAAAUAUUUAUGUCUUUUAAGAGGAAUAACUGCCAAGAGUUUAACACAGCGACUAUUAAUAGUAGUUCAAAUUUAUGAAUGGCACUUUUCGGUGGCAGUGAUGGGGAUGUAAAGAGAUUUUGCUACCCAUUGCCAGCUUUUCUCGUCUUUUAAAUUUUUGAGGGAGUAACUGCGGAAUACCCUGCCACCUGGACUGCGGUACUGAAAAACAAAGGCUACGCAAAGUUUAUAUUUCAAUUUCUUUCCUUCUCACUCCGUACUGCGUAGCUACAGCGCGUAACAAAGAAUGCAGUUUGUAAUUUAUUCCUCACUUAAGCCUGGUUUUCACUGGUGCAUAAGCAUAAGCACAAGCACAUGUGUAAGCAAGUGAAAACUGCGGCGACAUAAGCAUAAGUAUAAACACAAGAAAAACGGACAUGUUCGUUCUUCUUGUGCUUAUGCUUAUCAGCUUAUGCUUAUGCCGUAGAUUUGACUAGUGAGAACGGGGUUGACAUAAGCUCAAGCACAAGCACAAGGCCGUGGACCAAUGAUUCUUCAUUCGCAGUUCAAUUUAGCAAUUCAGUUUCGAAGACGAGCAAUAUUUUGCUGUUUACGAUAAAGAUUAUCGAAAUGUUUGAACUCCAUGCAAGCAGGCCACCAAUGCGAUCCACUGAAUAUCAAACGACAAUCCCGCUAUUUCUCAUAAUUACAUGUAUACAUAAUUAUGGGAAUGUUUAGACAAUCAACUAAUCAAAAUCACUACCAGUUUUCGGGUAGUAGUGACAUCAAUGGAUGGCAUUAACGGCUGGCCGAUUCAGAUGUUGCUGGGAGGAGAAAACAACUCGAAGCAAUCGGAUGAAAUUCAGGCUAACUUUGACCCAGACCUCAUGGGAACAUAUCAAAAGCAAUAUGGCAAACGCUUGGUGCGCCUUCUUGUUUGUCAUCAGGUUGAGGAGAGCUGGUUUCGACAAUUGAGUCAAAUAUACCAUUCUGCGUAUGUCCUUAUGCUUAUGCUUAUGUGCUAGUGAAAAUCAAGCUUUAGUCCAUAUAGCCUGCGACACAGAUAAUUCUUUGAGUGGCAGGGUAUUCUGCAGUUAAACCUUUUUGAGGUUAAGUAUCGUAGGUUUAGGAAGCCUUUAAAUGUCUCACACUUGUGGUUACGACGAUUUAGACUUUUAAUGAACUAAGCUUAUAUUUAGAAAGGCCUGGAUUUCUGCGUUAACCUGAAUACAAGCUCCGUUGUGAGUAGGGGUUGUAGCGGUCAAUGGGAGGCAAAGAGACCCUCAGGAUUUCAAUGAAGAAUUAUUAGCACUGCCACGAAUGGGUUAUAACUACAUGAACUCAUAAAAAUUAUGUAAAAUAUUAACAAAGAGAUUUUUUAUAUUUGUAAGUUUUAUGGAGCAAUUGUGGGUUUCAGGUAAUGUCCGGUGAGAGCGCUUACCAGUAGUCAGAACUGGGUACUUCUGGAAUUUUUUUGUCACGCAUUUUUGCAUCAAAUCGUCAAUUGUUCAAUGAAAUUGUUGCGUAUUUAGAAUUGUUUUGUGUGGUAGCAACAUCAACGACAAUAAUGCAAAGAAAAAAUAUAAAAAGAAAGAGGUCUAUUAAGCAAAACAAAAACUCUGAACAUUCAGCACACUUUGUACCAGUUCUCUUUGCGGUCAUCAUAUGACUGUAGUUGUCAAGCAUGAUCAGAAAUAUGGCAAUGCAAUUGUGUCUUUGAACUACCCACUAUAACAAGUAGCCCCCCGCUACUUUCAUAGGAAAAUAGAAGAAAAAUAGAACCAAAAGAAAUCCCUUGCUGUUUGAUUCCCUGCCUACUUGUUAUAUGUAUCCAGCAACUUGAAAUCUUGGUGACAGCCCUGCAAAUUUUUCAUGCUGUAGAAAGGUUUGGUUGGUUAUGCUUAUUUUUUUUCUUCAAAACAGAGGAAUUUAUAAUAAUAAAUAUCUUGUUCAAUAUGACUAUUGUAGGUGAAUACUUUCCGCUCAAAGCUCCAACACUGCAGAACUUUACUGGACAAGAUCCCUGGGCUGGAAAUGAGCGGUGAGGAACAGAAAGAAAUGUUGAACAAAUAUCAAGCUCAAUACAAAGAAAAAUGGUGAGACCUGAACUUAAUCUUCUCAUCAUUAAGACAAUCGUACUUUACCCAUAAAGUACAUUGUUUCUCAUACCUUCUUUUUCGUGAAAGUGCCAUGGUUGAUUGGUCUGCAGGCAUAAAAACUACUAACUAGCCAUGGGAUCAUGCUAUUUAGCUUGAAUAACAAAUGAUCCCACAGCUUGUUAUGAUUUUUUUUCCCAACCAACCAAAAGCAAUGCUUGUUUGUUUUUCUCUCUUUAGUGAGCUUCUUAGAAACUAUAGAAACCUGCCAGUGUUUGCAGAGGCAUUUUUGAAGGAGACAAAAUCUUAG